AUGACCAUAUUCACUCAAGGUUCAGGCACGCCCACACUGGGCCCUGUCUCUGGUGUGACCAUAUCCAUUAUAUGUUCAGGCACGCUCACACUGGGUCCUGUCUUUGGUAUGACCAUAUCCAUUCAGUGUUCAGGCACGCCCACACUGGUUCCUGUCUCUGGUAUGAACAUAUCCAUUCAUUGUUCAGGCACGCCCACACUGGCUCCUGUCUCUGGUAUGACCAUAUCCAUUCAAUGUUCAGGCACGCCCACACUGGCUCCUGUCUCUGGUAUGACCAUAUCCAUUCAAUGUUCAGGCACACCCACACUGGGUCCGGUCUCUGAUCUGACGAUAUCCAUUCAAGGUUCAGGCACGCCCACACUGGGUCCGGUCUCUGAUAUGACCAUAUUCAGUCAAGGUUCAGGCACGCUCACACUGGGUCCGGUCCGUGGUAUGACCAUAUCCACUCAAUGUUCAGGCACGCCCACACUAGGUCCUGUCUCAGGUCUGACCAUAUCCAGUUACGGUUCAGGCACGCCCACACUGGGUCCGGUCCGUGGUAUGACCAUAUCCACUCAAGGUUCAGGCUUGCCCACACUAGGUCCUGUCUCCAGGAUGACCAUAUCUACUCAAGGUUCAGGCACGCUCACACUGGGUCUCGUCUCUGGUAUGACCAUAUCCACUCAAUGUUCAGGCAGGCUCACACUCGGUCCUAUCUCUGGUAUGACUAUACCCACUCAAGGUUCAGGCACGCCCACACUGGGUCCUGUCUCUGGUAUGACCUUAUCCAGUCAAGUUUCAGGCACGCCCUCACCUGGUCUCGUCUCUGGUAUGACCAUAUCCAUUCAAUGUUCAGGCACGCUCACACUGGGUCCUGUCUCUGGUAUGACCAUAUCCAUUCAAUGUUCAGGCAUGCCCACACUGGGUCCGGUCCGUGGUAUGACCAUAUCCACUCAAGGUUCAGGCACGCCCACACUGGGUCCGGUCUCUGGGAUGACCAUAUCCACUCAAGGUCCAGGCUUGCCCACACUAGGUCCUGUCUCGAGGAUGACCAUAUUCACUCAAGGUUCAGGCACGCCCACACUGGGUCCUGCCUCUGGUAUGACCUUAUCCAGUCACGGUUCAGGCACGCCCACACCGAGUCUCGUCUCUGGUAUGACUAUAUCCACGCAAGGUUCAGCACGCCCUCGCUGGGUCUCGUCUUUUGGCAUGAGUAUAUCCGCUCAAGGUUCAGGCACGCCCUUACUGGGUCUCGUCUCUGGUAUGACCAUAUCCGUUCAAUGUUCAGGCACGCCCACACUGGGUCCUGUCUCAGGUAUGACCAUAUCCACGCAAGGUUCAGGCACGCCCACACUGGGUCCGGUCUCUGUGAUGACCAUAUCCACUCAAGGUUCAGGCUUGCCCACACUAGGUCCCGUCUCUGGUAUGACCAUAUCCACUCACGGUUCAGGCAGGCUCACACUGGGUCUCGUCUCUGGUAUGACUAUAUCCGCUCAAGCUUCAGGCACGCCCUCACUGAGUCUCGUCUCUGGCAUGACUAUAUCCGCUUAUGGUUCAGGCACGGUCACACUGGGUUCAGUCUCUGAUAAUUUAGCGUUAAACAAAUUCGCCUCCCAGAGUUCUCACUUUAUUCUGUACAAGACACCUCCAUUAUAUGGUGUUGAUGGAAAGUAUGACAAGUUAUCGUGUAUACUCACUGAUGUGUUUCAAAAUAACUCUUGGUGGAAAGUGGAUCUGGGGAAGCCACAUUACAUACACGACGUGACUGUUCACUUCAGGACGGAUUACCCAUAUCGCAGGAAUGGAGUUCAUGUGUACAGUUCUUUAACGGUGAACCAGACUAACACGGGCCAUCUGUGUGGUGUAGCAACGAUAAAUAGCCCGAAUGUAACACGUAUUACCUGUGACAUCACGGCUCAGUACAUCACACUGUACCAGGGGACUAACAACACUGACUUAGACGACAACGAAGUUUCAAAACCUUACGUUGGCACGGCAAUGGAUUUUUGUGAAGUUGAAGUAUUCAGUGAGUUAAUCUAG